AUGAAAAUUAUGCAGAAAUCAGAAGGAGGCAAGGUUAGACCAGUUGGUGUCAGGAAAAUCGAUUUCUUAUCUGAGUGUCAUAGAAAAGGGUUUACGAGGUUCAAGAACAAGUACGCUGGCAAUGAGGUGAUUGAUAAGUACUGGCUAAAUGAGAUCCGUAACCCCCACGCAGUCAAGGUACCUCUCGAUCAGUCUGCAUUUAACAGCAACCAAUCAAAGAGUACAAUCCUGGCUGUCCUAUGUGGUAUCCACAACGUGGUGAUAAAUAGUGACAAUACGCCUGAUGAAUAUAAGAAAGUUUGGGAGUGUAUGUGGCACAGCCUAGCCGUAAAAGGACCGGUCGUGGUGAUGGAAGAUGAGAGGAACUGGGAAAAUGGAAUUCCAUCGGGAUGGCGCUGGACGGCAUUACUGGACACCGUACAAACUAUAGUUUUAGAGUUGUGGCACGUUACUGCAAGGAACACUGUUACUGUCCGGUUCCAAUCGGACGAUCAACAAUGCAAGGUGACGAUAUCAUCUUCUCCACAAAUUCACGGAAAUCGGUGGAAGUCCUGGAUUAAUAGAAGUGUACUUAUGUGCCAACACUUCGUGUGGUGGAUACUUCGCGCUCGUUGCUCACACUUUCGCUGCAAAUCUGAUACUGUACAAGACAAGUACAAGAAGACCAGCCGGCCGGUCGUGGGUGGCAAGAUGUGCGCGAGCGCCCUCUUCCUAUUGGUCAGACUCAAAAGGAUGAGGCUGAUGGCUUAUUUUAAUUUACUUCAUAUUUCAGCUACUUUCAUGGAAACAGAGCCAAACCCACAACCACCAAUUAUUGUGACUCCACCACAACCAUCAGAAGUGCAAGAUAACUUUGGAAUAUUUAUACUUUGUUUUGACCCCUUGGAGCUCACACCUCUUCAACCGCAACCAGUUCGUUCUGGGAAUAAUCAAACAUCUCAAAUUGAAUUCACCGAAACGCGAACCACUCGAGUUGCAACAGAGUCAGGUCAAAUAACACCCCGUCGAAGCAGAUCGACACGUAAAAAAGGAACUCGUCGCAGACGCCUCAGGCUAGCAAGCACCGAGCAAGCAGCACAACAUUUUAUUCAGGCAGUCGAAGAAUGGAGAAGAUUUAAAAUGACUCAACAUAAUGACUACAUGGAAUUGAGAAGGGAGCAAAAUAGAAUAAGAGCUGACGAAAUUCAAGUCCAAAAAAAUUGGCAGGGUAUAUGCGAAAGAGCAUUAGACCUUUUAGAAAAAAUAGUCAAUAAAUAUUGUAAUGAAUGAUUACUCAUUGAACAAAUAAACUUUUUAUUUAAAAGUUAUGAUUCUUAAAAAUUAAAGGGUAUAAUUAUAUAAUUCAAAAGAGGGUUGCAAUUUAAAUGAUUUAUUUCAAUCUCUUUUACUUGUCACUGUAACCUUCUCAUCAAUUGACUCCUUAAUUGCCUACCUCUAAUCAAUUCUGUGGUGGCUUCUCUCUCUACAUGUGUUUCAUUGAUAUUCGUUUCAAUUUCGUGAUCUAGAAUUAAAUGACUUAAAUAUCAAUAACUUCAAACACUUGAUAAUAAAAUAGAAUAUAAGAGAUAGAAUUAGUUUUAACAUACCACUUUCUUCAUCUGAGUCAGUAAUAUUACACUUUAUGCAAAAAUUGUGCAGUACAGCACAAGCCAAUAUUUUUUUGCACAUUUUAACGGUUUAUAGUGUAAAACUCUGUCUUUGUGCAGACAACGCCAUCGAUUUUUUAAUUUCGAAAAUGUGUUUUCAAUUAACACUCUGACUUUCUUAUGUCUCAUAUUAUAGAGACCCUCUAGUGUGUCAUUUUCAGCAUCUGCGAUUUUAACAAACAUAAGAAUAAUUAUUAUUAUUUAUAUGUUUGUUAUAAUUAAAAGUAAAAAAAAAUAAGUUUCAUGUAAAACUAAUGUAGGGACACAGCAUAAAUGUAUUUAGCUGACUUAACAUUUUUAGCUUGCGUCAGAGCACACUUGCUCGCGUUCGCCAGUCGUUCUCCGUCACACCUAGCGCUAACGUUGAUUUUUAUGACAUCACUAAUGCAGAGGUAAGUGACGACUUUAAUUUAGUUGAGAAAAUACGUCACACGACAUCUAAAUAUAGGCCCAAUUUAAAAAGCAAUAGC